GCGGAGGGCGCGUCUACUCUGCGGUCGGCGACAUGCCCGACAUGUUCUACCGGCUGGAGACGCCGUCGCAAUGCUGGCCCUACUUCUGCUUGGACGAGGUUGGCGUGGGCGAGCUCGCGCAGUGCAUGUCGGCCCUGAAUGCGCUCGACAUGGGGUGGUCGUGGGCGCCGUUCCUGGCGCGCUCCGCCCUGCAGGCGUGCAUGGAGAAGGCCCUUGGCGAGGGUUCGGUUCGAUCUCGCCUGGUGCACGGGCCCCCGGCGCCUCAGCUCCAUGGCGACGCUGGGGGCUGCGAGGCGCUCAAUUGGGUCUGCAUGGGCGACUGCGGCGUGAUGGCGAGCAGCGCGAGCGCGAAGGGCGGCGAGACGCUGGUCUCAAGCAUGGCGGCGAAGGUCAAGUCGCACCUGGAGCCCGUUGGCCUCGCGGUCCACAAGGAGGAGGAGGAGGGCGAGGGACUCGAGUCCUUGGGAGCUGUCCUGCUGGGCCGCCCAUAUGUGAUCGGCCCGGGCCCGCUGAAGACGCGCCACCAGGCCCUCGUGGCCCCGGCCCUGGUGGAGAGACCCCACUACUGGGCAGCGACCAUGCGGGAGCGCCCCGUCGGACUCUGGCUUCGGGCGGCGGUGUUCCAGCGAACGAGCCUCGCCAUCUUCGACCAGGUCUACCACGAGCUGCGGCGCCACUCGAGCCCGACGGCUGCCUUCCGCCUGUCCGCGGAGGCGCGGGCCGAACUCGUCGCCGCUGCCCGCUGCGCCCCGCUCAUGGUCACCUACCAGGAGUCGCCUUGGACCCGCCAGGCCUUCAUGAAGGACUCCAGCAACGUGCGCUACGGCGUCGCCGUCACCAACGCAACGGUGAAUUCAGGCACUGCGAGCUGCGAGGCUGGACCAUCGCCACCCAGGGGCCUCUACACCAAUACCGAGGAGGACGCCCGGCAAAAAGGCUGCGGCGGCUACGCCCACGACGCCGAGUUGGCGCCGCCCGCGGCCCCAAUCGCGCGUGGCCCGAGCGAGCGCGCGUUCCGCUUCCUGUACCUCUUCGCGGGCGUUCGGCGGCCGGGAGAUCCCGAGGAGUACCUGCGGCGGCGCGCGGAGAGCGCUGGCGCCCUCGUCGAGGUCUGGUCUCUGGAUGCGGUCAGCGACCCGAAGCACGACCUCACCGACCCCGACCUUCUGAACGUCAUCGUGAGGCUCGUCGACAAGGGCUACUUCCACGGCGUGCUGGCGUCGCCCCCGCGCUCGACGCGGAGCCGCGCCCGCUUUCGGGGUCGCGGGCCCCGCCCUCUGCGCACGCGUGCAGAGCCGUGGGGGCGCACCGACAGCAGGCUGACCGCGUGGGGGCAGCAGCGCCUCGAGCUGGGCGCCAAGUCGAUCAUGACGGCGCCGACGGUGAUCCGCGCAGUCUGCGCGGCUGGGGGGAUCGGCAUGUCGGAGCAUCCGCCGACGCUGGGGGGCCUCGCCAAGGACUUUGGAGGGUGGGUGAACUACCUGGACAAGUGCCGCCACGGCGCCCCCUCCAUGAAGCCGGCCAUGGUCGGCAUCUCCGGCGCGUUCGACAAGGGCGACGGGGGCGCCGCCGCUCGGCUCUGCCUCGCCUGCAACCACGAGGGGCGCCACCGGCUUACGCUCGAAGGGCGCGAGGAGCCAGGUGGUCCGACCUUCCGCACCGCUGCUGCGCAGACCUACCAGCCCGAGUUCUGCAAUGUCCUCAGCGAGGUCAUCAUCGAGGCAUUCGCGCGCAUGAGGGCGGGGGGGCUCGGGCCCGACGCCAAUGGUUCGCUGCGGCGGGGGCCCCUCUACUUCGGUAAGUGGCGCGAGGCCGAGCACGCCAAUGCCAACGAGACGCGCGCCAUC